AUGGAUUUGGGGAAGGUGAAGGCGACCCGGAAGACCCCCAAUAAUGUGACGGAAUUUAGGUCCUUUCUGGGACUAGCUAACUACUAUCGUCGCUUUUUGAAGGACUACUCACGAAGGGCUACACUUCUGACUGAUCUUUUGAAGAAGGGACGAGAUUGGAACUGGUCUAAAAAAUGCCAAGUGGCCUUUGACGAUUUGAAAGAGGCGAUGAUAAGUGACCCAGAACAAACUUGCUCUUCCAGAUGUCACCCAGUUGCAUAUGAGAGUCGUAAACUGAGCGACCCAGAGACAAGAUACACAGCACAAGAAAAGGAUCUAUUGGAAGUAAUCCAUUGCCUUAGGUUAGGGUCUGGAAACACUACUUAUUGGGGUCCAACCCCCGCACGGUGGCAGGAAUUCUUGGCGGAGUUCGACUUUAACUUUGAAUAUAAGACGGGUCAAACCAAUCAAAUAGCAGAUGCUCUUAGCCGGAAAGCAGAACUAGCAGCUUUAAAAUACCUUUCCCACACCUCCGCCAGCCAAGUGGCAACCUCAGUGCGGGAACAUCUUAAGGAGAAUUAG